UGCCGUUGUUAUGUUAUUCAGGUCUCUUGCAGGGAGUGCCUGCGCUCUACUUGGAGCUGCAACAGCCUUCAAAUUUGCACCUGUGGAAGUCCAGGCCCAAGCAGCUGCCCUCCUUCACAGCGCCGUGAGGAAAUCCUCUCUGGUGGAACAAGCAAACAUGAGGGUUGAACUUCUUCCUGCACUCUCUGACAACUACAUGUACCUCCUGAUAGAUGUGGACUCCAGAGAAGCAGCUAUUGUUGACCCUGUGGAGCCAAUAAAGGUUGUGGAGGCCGUCAAAAAACAUGGCGUAAAACUGACAACAAUUAUGACCACUCAUCACCACUGGGAUCAUGCCGGUGGAAAUAAGAAGAUGGUGAAGUUAAUUCCAGGACUGAGGGUCUACGGAGGAGACGACAGAAUUGAUGGUCUUACAAAGAAAGUUUCUCACUCCAACAGUUUCAAAGUUGGAUCACUUGAUGUCAAAUGCCUGUUCACACCGUGUCACACAACUGGUCACAUUUGCUAUUAUGUGACGAAACAAAACAGCACCGAGCCGCCUGCUGUUUUCACAGGGGACACGCUGUUUAUGUCCGGUUGUGGUAAAUUCUUCGAGGGUACGGCUGAGCAGAUGUACAAAGCCUUGAUAGAAAUUCUGGGUCGCCUGCCUCCUGAAACGCGUGUUUACUGCGGUCACGAGUACACUGUCAGCAAUCUGAAAUUUGCACGUCAUGUGGAACCAGACAAUGAGGUCAUUCAGAAGAAGCUGGCAUGGGCAAAGGAGAAAUGCAGCAAUGGAGAACCCACCAUCCCGUCCACUUUGGCAGAUGAAUUCACAUUUAACCCCUUUAUGAGAGUAAAGGAGAAGUCCGUGCAGGACCACGUAAAGCAGACAAACCCGAUUGAAACUAUGAGAAGUCUUCGGAAAGAAAAAGAUAGCUUCCGGGUGCCCAAGGAGUGAUGGCCUGAUCACUCAGGCUGACUGUCUCUUAACAACAACAACAACAACAACAACAACAACAACAGCAACAACAACAUAGUGUACUACAGAAAAUGUCUGCAAUUCAACUUUAAAGCAAGGAGCUCUACUUCAUUCACUCUCAGUCAACACACACUUUUUAAUUACCAUAUUCAGCCCUAAUAUGGCUAUAAACUUGUUUUAGGUGUAUCUGCUUUGUUUGGAUGAUUCGGGUGUGAUAAGUUUAAGGAAUAUAUGGCCAUAAAUUGAAUGCUUUAUAUGAGAAAUAUGUUUUUUCAUCUGUAAAUCUGAGUUUUAGAGUCUAUUUAGUGUUACCUUGUAAAAUAUCAGUGUACAAAUAUGAACUUCAGCAGGACAGGGAGCCGCCUGAGGGACAAAUGUUAGUGUAAAAUUUCUGUAAAUUGAUAAAAUAAUUUCUUUGUCCGAAAAGAUUUAUAUCUGUUUCCCCGUGGCAUUUCUUUUCAUUUUGCUUAGGAGCUAGUGUUUGUUUGGUUAUUAUGUAAAAUUCAGCGCAUGCUUUUAAUUUCUUCCAUUAUUCAAAAGCGUUCUGUGAGUAAAGCAUCGUCUACUCAUUGAUGUGUCAGCAUUAAAUGGUACAUACACUGAAUGCACAUUGCAUGUUAACUAAAAUCUCAGAAUAUUGUAUGUUGCUUUUUGGAAAAAGGCAAUAAAACACAGUUCAUUUGA